AUGAAAGGAAGAAAUGAAAGAAAAAAUGAUCGACUGAUGCCGGGUGGUUCGAUGUACAAGGAAAUUGUCAUGUUCCUUCAUCAUAAAAACUUUGGAUUCUGCAGUAAUGCAAACCAUAACCAACCGGCUUACGUGAAUGAUGAAUUGGGCUCGGAUGAGUUUAAAAUGCGAUACAAUGUUGCACGUUAUAUACAAGCUAUUAAGAAAAUAUUCUUCUUCUCGUUGUGGACAAAAAGAAGAUGUUUUGCAAUAAAAAAAAAAGAACAAAGCAUUACUUUAAGACUUUUGUACAAGAUUCUGACAAUCAUCAACCUUCUUCAUCAUUCAGAAUCGAAGCAUAAAAAUGAUUAA